AUGAAUUUUAAUUUAAAAGCAGCCGGCGCUUUACUUUCACGAGCUAAACAGUUUACAGAAGAAAAACUGGGUCAGGCAACUGAUCGAACUGAAUAUGAUGAAAAUUUUGAACAAUUAUUAGCAAAAACUGAUCGAAUUAAACAAUGUACUGAACGAUUAAUAUCUCAUGUUGAAACUGUUCUUCAACCAAAUCCUAAUGAACGUCUGGAAGAUUUCGUACUGACUAAACUCGAUCAGAAAACAACAAAUAAACCAAAUAUAAUUGAACAACUGGGUCAAUGCAUGAAUGAAGCAGGAAAUGAUUUUGGUGCAUCGACACAAUAUGGUUCGACAUUAAUCAAAUGUGGUCAAAUGCACCAAAAACUUGGUCAUGCUUAUAAAGAUUUUAUUCAAUCAGCAGCUAUGGGUUAUAUGCAACCAUUAAAAAGCUUUCUUGAAGGUGAAAUGAAAUCAAUAACAAAAGAACGUCGUACAUUAGAAAUGAAACGUCUUGAUCUUGAUGCUGCAAGAUCAAAGCAAAAGAAAAAUAAAAUGCUUAAUAAUAAUAUGUCAACUACAAUGGUUGAUAGUUCGGAUGCUGAUGUUCGUCAAGCGCAAGCUGAAUUUGAUCGUCAAUAUCAUAUAACACAAUUAGCGCUUGAUGGUUUACGUAAUUCUCAAAAUCAUCAUUUAAGUUGUUUAUAUGAUUUAAUUGAAUCUGAAUUACAAUAUCAUCAAAAAUCUGUGCAAAUACUUGAAGAUUUACAUAAAAAAAUGGGCUUGUCAAAACCUGUUCCAAACACAACCUUACCACGUUUACGUACUGCAAUUGUCAAGUUUGAUUAUGACGCAUCUGAUUCAAAUGAACUAAGUGUUCUUGCUAAAGAAAUAGUAAAUGUUAUUUCUGAUGGCGAUGAAUCUGACUGGGUAACAAUUGAAAAGACAACAACAAAACAACGAGGACGAAUACCACGAAGUUAUUUACAAAUGGAUUCGUCCUCAUCUUGA